AGCCCCCGGUGUCUUCUGGCAUCCAUCCAGUGAGGUCCAAACUUUUCUCUGAUCUUUUCAAGCAAACUCCUGCAAUUAACGAACAUGUUGGUUCACAACACAUUAAGAGCAUGUUCAAGGGUUGCCCGUCCAUAGCUUUCUCCAAGGAGGAUGUUGAUGGCCUGGCUUUACGUUUUAGAUACGCUCUGAUUGGGAAAUUCAGGAGAAGACCGCCUCUUCUGGUGGUUAAGAAUUUCCUGACUCGGCUGGGUUUCUCUGGAGGGUUCACAGUGGGAGAACUCUUUACCAACAGCUUCCUCAUCAAUUUCGAGCAGGACGAAGACUACCAAAGGUUUUUCUAUCGUAAGGUUUGGACCAUUGGUAAAGACACCAUGUCUGUUACCAAAUGGUCUCCAACCUUAACCCAAGAAGAAGAUUCACCUAUUGUUCCGGUCUGGAUUUCCAUCCCUAAUCUUCUAAUUCACCUUCAUCAUCAAUCUGCUCUUUUCAGCAUUGCCUCCAUGUUGGGGACUCCUUUGAAAAUGGACAAUGCUACUCUUAACUUCUCCAGGCCCAAGCUUGCUAGGGUCUGUGUAAAAGUUAAUGUUUCGAAGACGCUCCACCAACGCAUUCAUGUCAAGCACAAUUAUACUGAUCUUUUCUUCCAGGUUAUCUAUGAGGAACCCCCACUUUUCUGCAGUUCUUGCAGGAAAUUGGGACACAAUCAACUAUCCUGUAAACCGGUUAAGCUACCGGCGAAAAGGGAUAUUCCGGUCCAGAAAAACCAGGAGAAUAACGACGUUGUGACUCAAGAGGGAUGGACCAAAGUCAUUCAGAAAGGCAAAGCUCUAAUAGCACCAAAACAAGGUAAUGCUUCCAAACCUGUCUCUCUUGUUUGGGCCCCUAAACCCACUUCAGGAGAGGUACAUGGGGAAACUUCCAAAUCGGGUACUUUGAGACGGGCUCCAGUUUUUUUACCUUCCACUAAUGUUCUUUUCUUGGACCCUUCUGGGUUGGCCCAUUCACAACUCCCUCCUCUUGCAACUGUGCCCCCAAUACCACAAGUUUCUCUUGCAACUACGUCCCCACUUCCACAAGUUUCUCCACUCCCUCCUCUUGAUCCUGUCCGGGUCCACAGGCUUGAGGAAUCUGAUGACAUCCCAUUAAAGACAAUCUCCACGUCAGCUCCCUCUUCUCCAUCUGAUACUCAUUUUACAAGGAUCUGUACACGAUCAGAAAUCCCUUAUUAUGGAGGAAUGAAAUGCCUCUUCCAUAAACUGAGCCACCUCAAAUCCAAAAUUGCAUCCUGGAAUACGGAACAAUUUGGAAAUAUUUUUGACAUGUUGAAAGAAGCUGAAGAAGAGGCCUCUGCAGCUGAAAUUAACUAUGAGAGGGAACCUACAGAGGCUAAUAGAGAAAUUGUCAAUCUGAAAAAAGCUCAACUUUUGGAGAGUCUCAUGGGCUUAAAAGAUGAUCAAGGGAAGUUUCAGGAGAAUCCAACAGUCUUAGAAAAUAUGGUUACUUCAUACUACCAUAAACUGUUCAACUAUGAGGAACCUGCCCCCUCAUCUCAAGAUUAUGAUGCUUUCCUGUCCAACAUCCCAAAAAUUUUAGAUCAACAUCAUAACCAGGAGCUGUUACAUCUCCCUUCAGAAGAUGAAGUCAAAGCCACCCUUUUUGAUAUGGAAGCCAACUCUUGUGCUGGUCCUGAUGGAUUUAAUGUCAACUUCUUUAAAGAAUGCUGGGAAAUUGUGCACAAGGAGGUCACAUCUGCCUGUCAGAAAGUUUUCUUGGGCAUCCCACUACCUGUAGCUGCUGCAAGUACCAAUAUUUGUCUUAUUCCCAAAUGUGAAAAUGCCUCUAGACUCAAUGACUUUAGGCCGAUUUGUUUAUCAACUGUGGCCUCCAAAAUUGCUACAAAAUGCAUUGCCAGGAGACUUAGCAAAGUGCUUCCUUUGAUCAUCUCUGAAGAGCAAGGGGCAUUUGUUGCUGGAAGGGAUAUCAUGGAGCAGAUUCUUCUCACUAAAGAAAUGGCUCAUAACAUUGAUAGAAAGGCUGAGAGUGGUAACAUUAUUGUUAAAUUAGAUAUGGCCAAAGCCUUUGAUAAGUUAAAAUGGUCCUAUCUCAUUGAUAUACUUCAAAGAAACAGCAUUCCUGUUACCCAUUUGGCUUAUGCGGAUGACCUCAUAAUCUUCACCAAUGCUCAUACCAGAUCUGUUAGCAACUUGAAGAAAUUCUUGACUAAAUACCAGCAGGUUGCUUCUUAUACCAAACAAUGGCUAUCCAUCAAGACUCCCCGGAAACUUCAACAUUUUGAUUCGUGGCUGUUCAAUCAUAAUCUUAUUCCCAGGUUCACAACCAACAACUCAGUUCGCAUGGUUAAAUGGAUGGCUCCUCCUAAAGGGAGACUUAAGCUAAAUGUGGAUGCGUCCUACACUAUUAAAUACCAGAGAGGGGCGGCUAUCUUAAGAGAUGCCGAAGGAAGAUUGGUUCGAGGGGCCUCUUUCAAGCUAAACACUAAGAGUGCCUACCAAGCUGAGGUGGAAGCUGCUAUUAAGGCUAUUAAAUGGGCUCUCCAGAUUUCCAAUUCAUUGGUUUUCGAAACAGAUGCAAGGUUUCUCAUAUUCUCCAGGAAGGGAAUUCGGUGGCGGAUGCUCUUGCAAAGGUGGACAGGCCUAAUGACUCCCCUUUCAUAGAAUAUUUACAUAUUAACCUUUGCCCGGAUGUUGUUAAAAAUAAUCUGUAUCAUGAUUGUAACCCUUCUUUCUGUUUUCAUUAAUAAAACUUGAUUUCUUUG